CGAGUCGAGCAUGUCCAGAGACACGAGAGGACACACACAAAGGAAAAGCCCUUUCAAUGCCCGUGGGAUCGUUGUGGCAAGACCUUUGGCCGGCGAGACCUCCUCGUCCGCCAUGAAAAGCUCGUGCAUCUCAACGAAAACAGCAGAGACAACGUUCGUCCGAGGAAAAUCCCCUCGGGCUCCGCGGGGCAUCCCACGGGUCACCACACCUCCCUAUCAGACAGCCAUAUGGAACUCGAUUCCACCAACAGCAUACAUCACCAGCCCCUAACCCAGCUGCAGCAGCCCCCACCGCCUGCACCGCCACCGCUGCAUCCCGCUCACCAGCAUCCCCAUCAGCAUCAGCACCACCAGAGCCUCCCGACUCACUUCCAUCCGACGUCGCCCCUGGCCAACCCUCUGCCACAUGAUCAGCAGCAGCAGCAGCAGCCGCGACCUCCCUCCUCGUCCAGGCCGGGCGCCGGAAACCUCGACCUCCUCUCCGACGCGGCGCUGGCUAGGGAGGUCAACGGCACCAUCCAUCCCAUGGCCGCCGGCGAUGCCUCGCAGCAACCGCCGUCGACGAGGCCCAAGCCCUACUCUCACCACGAGGAGCAGGCCGAUGGAGCUGUCCGUGAGGGCUACGCCGCUCCCGGCGUCGUGCAGGAUGGCUUCCAGGAAGACUACAAUCUCUUGCUGGACGACUUUGGACCUGCGCCUCACUUCCUACCACCGCAUUUCGACCCAGACCAGCAGUCGGCCACGGGCUGGGCCAGGCCAGAUACGGCAGCGGCAGCGGCAGCAAGCCGUCGCCCAUCCUACGGCAACGCCUUCCCCUCGCUGGGCCAAGAUGCCGACGACGCCGGCGCGCGCGCCGGCAAGUCACUCCGUAUAUCGAUAACGGACCACAACACCAUCAAGAACCGGCUGGACGAGUUCUCCCCCGUCCUCCCGCGCGACUUCGUCUUUCCCUCACGACACACCCUCACCCGCUUCCUGGAGGGGUACACCAGCGGCUUCCACGAGCACGUCCCCUUCCUGCACCUGCCCACCUUCUCGCCCGUCGACGCAGCGCCGGAGCUCCUCCUCGCCAUGCUAGCGGUAGGUGCGCAGUACCGGUUCGAGAGCAACAGGGGCUAUGCCCUCUGGUACGCGGCCAAGGCUGUCGCCACGGAGCAGAUACGCAGGAGGCACAGCAGCGACCUCAAAGCGCUGCUGCCCACGCCGGCGGCGUACAGCCCGCACUCGACGAGGCCGUCGCCCAGUGCCACCUACAGGCACUCUCGGAGCGUCCCGCCGUCCAGGAUACGCACCGAGAGCCAUACAAGACUCGAGACCAUCCAAGCCGUGCUCCUCCUCUUCGCCAUCGGCCUCUGGGGCGCCGAGGCCAUCGUCCACGAAGCCAUGGCCCUCCAGGGCAACCUAGCCGUGCUGAUCCGCCAGGAGGGACUGACGGUGGAGACGGCGCAGGCCUCGGUGACGGACUGGGAAGCCUGGGUGCGGCUGGAGAGCGCGACGCGCACCAAGCUGGCGGCCUACUGCUUCUUCAACCUGUGCAGCACGGCGUACAACCUGCCGCCGCUGCUGCUGACGUCGGAGAUGGGCCUCUACCUGCCCGUGCGCUCUCGUCUGUGGCGCGCCGAGACGGCUUGGCAGUGGCAGGAGCAGAGGGCGGCGACGCCGGUGGCCAGCAUGACCGUGCACGACGCCUUUGCGCGGCUCUUCGGAGGAUCAGGCCAGGGCCUGCCGGCGCAGCUGUCCUCGCUGGCGAACUACGUCCUCAUACACGCCGUGCUGCAGCACAUCUACCUCCUCAAGCAGACGUCCCUCGCCGCCGGAUCGCCGUACGUCGUGCAUCGCAUGCUGAGGCCGGAGGACGUGGAGGACGUGUCGGAAGCGCUGAGGGUGUGGCAGGCGAGCUUCGAGCACAUGCACGAGAUGCGGGCAGGAGGCGCCGGAGGCGCGGGAGCGGCCGGAGGGGAGCCUGCCGAGGGGAGCAACCCGCUGGCUUACAACGCCUCGGCGCUCCUGCGGCUGGCGUACAUACGCCUGUACACGGAUGUCCCGCCGGCCAGGGCCCUCGAGACGCACGACUCGAUGCUCAUCGCCUCGGCGCUGAGCGCCACGCCGAUCCUCACGCGCAGCCUGAGGCUCCACCGGGCCGUUUUCCAGGCUGUACAUGCGCUGUCCAUGCUCGUCAAGGCUGGCGUGUCUAUGCAACUUCGAAUGCGCCGUCCUCCUGGCGAAAUGGCUCCUGACACUAUCCGCCAUCGGACCCUCCGAUCCCCCGAGGAGAAGAGCCUGCUAGGAACCGUACGCCGCAUGCUAGACGAGACCGAAUUCGCCGUACACGUCGACCCGUCUCUCUCCGGCAUGAUGGACGGGGCAGGGGGAGGUCCGAGCUCCAGGUCAGGAUCCGGCAGCUCGGCGAGCGGUACGGGACACCCGAUGGACAUGGCCGCCACCGCCGGGUCUACGAUAUCCACAGGUAGCACGGCGACGGCCACGACGACGGCGUCGACCAUGGCGAGCGAUAGCGCCAAGCUCAGACAGCUGGCCGCGGCUGUGGUGCGGCUCUGGGCUGAGACGUUCAACGGGUCGCACAUGUUUGACGUGGUCAAGGUUAUGGGUACGAGUCUGGACGGGUAUGCGGAUCUGAUUGAACGGUCAAGUGAGAGGACGCCGCCAGGGAGAAUGAUGUCGGAUGGUGGCAUGUAG